ACCAAGCCCCUCGCCAGCACGGUCCGACAACAGUCGAGCUUUAGCCUGCUCAGCGAGAGGUUCGAAGCGACCGGAGCUCAACCCAAGUUUGAUACUUGGGACUUUUGAUUAUUCGACCGUCACUCUGUAGUACAACACUUGUACACGUUGAGCAGCUCAAGUGUUUUUUGCGCCCCUAUCAUAUCGGAGCCAAAAAAGUCGCGGCAGUGCAGUGUAGCGACCACAAGCCCCGGUGCAGUGUGAUAUAUUAAGCUGUACCCCUCAGCUCAAUCACUCAGUAUUGAUUCGUGAGGGUCCCUCUACCUCCAGCUCGAGAGUCGGUCACCUAGUGCCCACAAUGGUCACAGGAGUCAACGCCAGUAUGCCGACCGGAGGUGUCACGGUUGGCGCCACGCCGCCAGCGCAGUCCGUGCCCCAAGAGGCCGUGCAACCACCCGUGCCACAGACCACCGUAACUGUCACCGCCAAUGCCACAACUGUGGCAGCAACGGCACCUGUGACGACAACGACGACGACGACCCCGGCCGGGUCGCCAGUGCCCGCACAGGCAACAGCCCCCGCGCCCAGGCGGUCCAGCGAAAAUCGACGAAGCAACAAGCCAAUCAUGGAAAAAAAACGCAGACAGAGAAUCAACAACUGCCUAAACGACCUCAAGGCACUUCUCCUCGACGCAAUGAAAAAAGACCCAGCGAGACACUCGAAGCUCGAGAAAGCCGACAUCCUCGAAAUGACGGUCAAACACUUUGAGACCCUCCAGCGCCAGCAAACCGCGUUAGCGUCGGCCACGGACCCGAACGUGCUCAACAAAUUCCGUGCCGGUUUUUCGGAGUGCGCUAGCGAAGUCGGCAGGUUCCCCGGCCUCGACGCGGCUGCCAAGAGGCGCCUCCUCGCACACCUCGCCAGCUGCAUGGCCGCGGCCGACAGCAACGCCGGCGUCCAGACGAGCGUCCAACAGGCAGCCCAGAACGCCGCGACCACGACGACCCAGCUGCAGGUGCACAUCCUGCCGCAAGUCGACGCCUCCGGUAUCCAAGUGCAACAGUCCAACGGCAUCGUGUACAUGAACGCCAACGGGACGGCCCUUCAGCUCGUGCCCACGCGGCUCUCCAACGGCAACAUUGCCCUGGUCGCCGCUGGAGCCAAGGCCCCGUCGAGCAUCCUCAGCCCGGUGUCGUCACCGUCGAGCUCGCCGGUCCCAUCGUCGCCCCUGCCCACUCUCAUACCGAUCCCGCAAAGAACCGCCAGCACCGCCUCGGCCUCCUCGUCGAGUUCCUCCACCAGCUCGACCUCGACCUCCGCCGCGAGCCCCGUUGCCUUCGAGGCGCCGCCCUCGAACUACCGUGAACAGUCGCAGUCCCCGAUCUCUUACACCAGAGACGCCGCGACUUCGCCCGCCAGUGGCUACACCAGUGAUCCCGAGUUCGACCCCCGCGUCUACAGUCCGCCUCUACAGAAGCCCCUCAGUCUCGUCAUGAGGAAGAGCGUGAUCAAGGAGUCGAUCGACGAGAAAUGCUGGAGGCCUUGGUAAUUAACCCUGGUUGCCGUAACCGGCUCAGCGGAGGAGGAAAGCGCAUUGUGAUCACCUGCCUCGCGGCGGGGCAAAACAUAUUAUAUGAUGAUGUUGUUGUUGUGUUGUUGUUUUUUUUUUAUUUUUUUUUUUUUUUGUUAUACAUACUUUUACUUUUACCGGACGUGAUAUCAAGACUUGGGGACAGUGCGAAAGAAGAAGAAGAAGAAGAAGCUAUGGUGAUCGUUUUUCGUGAAUAGAGAAUUCAAGAGACGGCAGAUACUAAUUCGGGCGUUGUUCCUUUCGUUGACUAUUUUUUUUUUUUUUUAAUUAUCAUUAUAUAGAGUGUAUAAAAUGCGUUGAUGACUAAAGAAAGGAGGUGAAGUGAUGUGCGAGAGAGGCCGAGGAGACGUUUUUAGUUUUUAAGAUUUCUUGCUUCGUUUUUCCUUCGACUUCCGCGAUCUCCGGCCAGUAGCCCCGUGCGGCAGUGCCUUAUGAAGUGCCUUGUAAAUAUAUUAUAUGACUGGAAAAAUAAAGAAAAAUUAAAACUCGAAAAGAGGGAAAACUUUGUGUAAAAUGUAAAAAAAGCAACGGGGAAUUUACUCGAUCCCUAGCCGUGAUAUGUAACGUCGACUUGUGUACUUUUUCUCGCAACUCUCGGCACGUUUCAUUCUUUCUUUUUCUUGUAAAUACUUGUAACGAUAUUAUUUUUAUGAUGAUAAUUAUUAUGAUUUUAUUAUUAUUAUUUUUUAUUAAGUGCCUUACGCAACAAGAAUCACCGACGUCUUCCAAUUCUGUUUUUCUUGAAUUUAAUGUACUAUAUUUUAAUGAGAUGCGUAUCACCAUGUCAUAUGACAAAUCUCAAUCAUCAACGAAAUGGGCGUUUUGUAAACUAAAAAAAAAAAAAAAAAAAACGUUCAUUUUGUCGAGUCGCAUUAUAUCAAGUGUAAAAAUGCAAUUACGGUAUGAAUGAGAUGUAUGCUGCAUGUUUACAGAAGAUUACUAUUAUUUAUAUUCAUGCGUAUGAAGAAAAUUUGUAUUAUAUGUCUAUUAUCGAUUAAUAGAGAAAAGAUAACGCUUAUUACAAUAUAAAAUAUCAAAAUAAAUAUUGAUCUCCAAAUAUA